AUGGCGCGAGCGGCGCUCAGAUUGGGCGCCCGCGCGCUCGCGCUCCUCGUCCUCGUGUCAGUGGCUCUGCUUCCACUUGUCACUUCCGACGAUGGGUACAAACACUGCGAGGGUAUCGUCAGGGGCUGGGCGGAUUCCUCCACUGGGCGCGAGAAGGACGGGGACAAACUGAGCCUCAAGGAUUUGCUCUUCUUCCUCCACAUUCCUAGGACUGGAGGCCGCACCUACUUUCACUGCUUCCUCAAAAAGCUGUAUACAAAUGUGCAGGAAUGCCCGCGUUCUUACGACAAGCUACGGUUCAACCCAAGCCAUCCAGAUUGCAAGCUGGUUGUUAGUCAUGAUGACUAUAGCUUAACUUCCAAGCUGCCAAGGGAGAGAACUUCUGUUGUAACAAUACUAAGGAACCCAGUUGAUCGUGUAUUUAGCACAUAUGAGUUCUCAGUGGAAGUUGCAGCUAGAUUCCUUGUGCACCCAAACUUAACUUCUGCAAAGUUAAUGACUACCCGUGUGUUAACAAAGUCUCGUGCUGUCAGUACUUUGGACAUCUGGCCUUGGAAGUACUUGGUUCCAUGGAUGAGGGAAGAUCUGUUUGCCAGGAGAGAUGCCAGGGGGAAUGACACAGUUCAUAGUAGUAAGAAGGUCAAUGCAUAUGAUGUGGAGGAUAUGGUUAUGCCGUUACAUCAGUACAUCAAUGAUCCAGUUGCCCAUGAAAUCAUUCAUAAUGGUGCUACCUUUCAGAUUACUGGGUUAACGAACAAUUCAUACUUUGAUGGAGCACAUGAGAUUCGUCAUUGUGUCAGAAAGCAUCCAGAUCUUGGUCGUAUUGUGCUUGAAGUUGCUAAGAAUAGGCUGGACCAGAUGCUAUAUGUAGGACUUACGGAGGACCAUGAAGAAUCAGCGAGGUUGUUUGCUCAUAUGGUAGGAGCACAGGUGCUUUCACAAUCUGGGACAUUGAAUUUAGAUCUCAAGGAAGAUGUGCCCAGUGAGACUGACUCUCACCCAUCCAUGGUGGAGCCCGAUGAUGAAGAAACAAACGAACAUCUGAAUAGCACGCAUGGUUGGCAAAAUAAUGAAGCCCUGAACUCUACCAACGACGAACAUGGAAAAGGAAAUGUGACUGUUGGUAAACUGAUGGAAGCUUAUGAAACUUGCAUCGCCAAACUGCGGAAGUCUCAAUCUAGCCGUCGUAAAAUAUCCCUAAAGAAAGUUCAGGAAGCAAACUUUUCAAAAGAGGCACGGAAGCUGGUACCUGAGGCAAUUUUGAAACAAAUUAUCUCAUUGAACAGCCUUGACAUGGAACUUUAUGAUCAUGCUAAGAAAAUUUUUACCCAGGAACAUCUGAUGCUAAAAGCUCAGCAAUCCAUGGUGGGGCAGCACAGACAGUUGGCAGAACAAAAGGUGCGAACGGGCCAAUGCUUCGGUGAGAAGCCUAGGCUGAGCCAUGGAGAGGCGCGCGUGUUGAGAAAGCUCUCUGGCGAGCGGCUCGAGAAGGCUUUGGUGGCAACCAUGGGCUUUAGGAGCGCAGGCGCCGUGGCUCUGCUUCCGCUUGUCAGUUCCGACGAUGGGUACAAACACUGCGAGGGUGUUGUCAGGGGCUGGUCGGAUUCCUCCGCUGGGCGCGAGGAGGACGGGGACAGACUGAGCCUCAAGGAUUUGCUCUUCUUCCUCCACAUUCCUAGGACUGGAGGUCGCGCCUACUCUCGCUGCUUCCUCAAAAAGCUGUAUACAAAUGCGCAGCAAUGCCCGCGUUCCUACGACAAGCUACGGUUCGACCCAAGCCAUCCUGAUUGCAAGCUGGUUGUUAGUCAUGAUGACUAUAGCUUAACUUCCAAGCUGCCAAGGGAGAGAACUUCUGUUGUAACAAUACUAAGGAACCCAGUUGAUCGUGCAUUUAGCACAUAUGAGUUCUCAGUUGAAGUUGCAGCUAGAUUCCUUGUGCACCCAAACUUAACUAUCAGUACUUUGGACACCUGGCCUUGGAAGUACUUGGUUCCUUGGAUGAGAGAAGAUCUGUUUGCCAGGAGAGAUGCCAGGGGGAUUGACCAAGUUCAUAGUAGUAAGAAGGUCAAGGCAUAUGCAUAUGAUGCGGAGGAUAUGGUUAUGCCGUUACAUCAGUAUAUCAAUGAUCCAGUUGCCCAUGAAAUCAUUCAUAAUGGUGCUACCUUUCAGAUUACUGGGUUAACGAACAAUUCAUACUUUGAUGGAGCACACGAUGUUCGACAUUGUGUCAGAAAGCAUCCAGAUCUUGGUCGUAUUGUGCUUGAAGUUGCUAAGUAUAUACCAAAGAUGAAUAAUAGGCUGGACCAGAUGCUAUAUGUAGGACUUACGGAGGUUCAUGAAGAAUCAGCGAGUUUGUUUGCUCAUAUGGUAGGAGCACAGGUGCUUUCACAAUCUGGGACAUUGGAUUUAGAUCUCAAGGAAGAUCUGCCCAGUGAGACUGACUCACACCCAUCCAUGGUGAAGCACGAGGAUGAAGAAACAAAUGAACAUCUGAUGACUAUUGGUAAACUGAUGGAAGCUUAUGAAACUUGCAUUGCUGAACUGCGGAAGGUUGAAUCUAGCCGUCGUAGAAUAUCACUAAAGAAAGUGGAAGCAAGGUUUCCAAAAGAGGCACGGAAGCUGGUACCUGAGGCAAUUUUGAAACAAAUCAUCUCGUUGAACAGCCUUGACAUGGAACUUUAUGAUCAUGCUAAGAAAAUUUUUACCCAGGAACAUCUUCUGAUGUUAAAAGCUCAGCAAUCCAUGGUGGGGCAGCACAGGCAGUUGGGAGAACAAAAGGAGGGCUGGAUCAGCAUAAUCUGGAGCGGCGGGAUUUGCUCUCCGGAUGGUGGUCUUGGAUGGUGGUCUCCUUGGUCUAGGGAUCACCACAAUCAUAGUUUUGGUCACAUUAGCUGUAAGGAUGAGAGAAAAGAACGUCUAAACUUGCUUUAA